UGAGAACAGCCUCAACCACAUGAACCACAUAAGUAGAUGAACUAAGAAAGCAAGAAAAUCAAAACUGAAACCAAAAUCCAUGGCUGCUACUAUUUGGUCGCCAUUUCUACUACCUCCUCCUUCUUCUUCUCUACUAGCAUCAAAAUCAAUCUGCCCAUCUUUCUUAUACAAGAAUCAAUUCUCAUUUUCAUCCAAAUACAAGCCAUCGGCAUCCUAUCGUUUUCCACCUGGCAGACGUUCCAUUGAAGAAGAAGAAGAAGAAGAAGAAGAAGAAGAUGAUGAUGAUGAUGAUUUAGUUGGUGGCAAGUUCACAGAGGCGGUGGCGCUAUUCAACACUCGGGAUUACCACGGAUGCCACGACUUCCUAGAAACAAUAUGGAAUGAUUCCGAAGAUCCCAUCCGAUCCCUUGUUCAUGGGAUUCUACAGUGCKCCGUCGGCUUCCAUCAUCUCUUCAAUCAGAAUCAUAAAGGUGCGAUGAUGGAGAUGGGAGAGGGAGUAUGCAAACUGCGAAAACUGAAUUUGGACAGUGGACCUUUUCAUCAGUUCGAGAGAGAGAUGUCUGCAGUUUUGGAUUUCAUUUACCAGACCCAAUUAGAGUUUGCUGCCUGUAACGAGGACAUGUGUGUUGCUAUGGAUCAAUCAGAGACUUCAUACAAACUUCUUGGUGGUUAUGGUGCUGGCCAACAUCUAUACUGGUUAGAAAUGGAUGGAUCUGCAAGCUUAUAUAUAGUCUACUGCCCUGAUAGAUCUCUCACUGCUACUGCUGCAAACCAGCCAAGGGUAAGACUUCCAAUUCUUUAUGCUUCUCAAGAACAUCUUAUGGAGCUAGAGGACACUUGAUAUUUAAAAUUCUAAUUAGUCUUCUUUCAUCUCAAAGUUUAASUUUUCUCUUAGUGGGGCUGUGUUUAUAAAGUCUCUGCUAGGCUGCUUAUAGUGAUAUAUAACAUGAAUGAUAAUAUGAUUUAUGGUCAUAUUUCAAUUGCUAUUUAGAUAAAAUUCAAAGCAAUCAUGCAACUAUAUGUAUAUUAAAACCAUAUACUAUAUGAAUCUGUACCAAAAGAAAGUAAAAUAAAA